AUGGAAGCAAAGAUUUUUUUUUGCACUCAUCAACUUAAAUCGCCGCUAAUAAGAGCACCCUCGUCGCUAAGAUUGGAUGGCAAGACAGUACAAUUCAGAUGCCCUGAACCUCUAAGAGAGGCUGGUUUUCCAGUCGCAGAAUCAUCUUUCAACGUUGAUGUGGCGUUUGAAGAUCCCCAGUCAAGUACAUUUUCAAGCAAGGUAUUUGGUAACGCCGCCUCAAAUUUUAUUCGCAAUCGACAGAAUCAGGUGGUUUUCAGUUACGGAGUGCGUUCAACACCAAAACGACAACUUAUGUACGGGUCUGGAUCUAAUGAUGGUUAUGCAGCAAAAAUGAUCACGGAGGCCGUCCAAUCUGGUGCUGGCAAGGGUAUAUUUGUUAUUUCCUGCUACGCUAUUGGAGCAACAGAACACCUUGUUGACCUUCUUAACCUCAGCAAUGAACUUGGAGUCGUUGUUGACUCAGUAAAGGAAGGACCACGAGUUCGUAUGGUUGAACGACUUCGCGUAUCUUCGGGUUCUGAUGUUCGUUCGGCUAUGAAUACUAUUGUUAAAAACUAUCAACAAUAUUUCGCAUCUGUUUUGUGUGAAAGGCAACCUUCAGCUGAACUCGAAGCUCUUCCUCCCUAUUUACCUGAUUCAGUCGUUCUUCAGCUUUACCGCUAUGAUGAUGAGAAUGCAUUUACCGAUUAUAUGGACGCAAACUCCAUGACUUUUGUUGCUUUGGGAGAUUCUGAACGUCCUGUUCUUUGUGGAAUUGAUGUUAACAAACAACAACUGUAUGAAAAGGCACAAAAAACACUUCUUUCUGCGGCAGGAAUUUUGUCAAGUAUCCGUUGUAAUCGACUGCGUAUUCCAUUCGGCAGAUCAAAACUAAGUCAGUUAUUACGUCGUGCAUAUAAUGCUGAGAAGGGCAAUCCGAACAAUAAUAUUAACGGUGAUACUGAAACUUAUUUUAUUAUUCACGCUUUCACAGAUGCUGAAUGGGCUGAAGAGACUUUCCAUUGCCUUGCUAUGACAAAACGUACCACCAACAUUCUUAGCAGUACUGGUAUUGGUUCAGCUAUUAAGGAUCUUUCAGUCGAUAAAUGGCGUCUUGAUCAGGACGUGAUGGAGCUAAGGGAUGAACUCCUGAUUGCCCGCACAGUGUAUGAUUACAAACCAUGUAUUUAUGAACAGACAAAGGCAAUCCCCAAUAUCAAGGAAGAAGAAAUGAAACGAAUAAAUGCAAUUCAAUCUAAACGUGAAGAAGCACGUGAAAAGGAGUUAAAUCAGGUUCGUGAACGUGCUAAACAGGAUGCGGAUAAGGUCAUUAAAGAACUUGAGGCAAAAACUGGUACAACAUUGGCAGAGUUGGAAAAAACACUUGAGAAGAAAAAACGUGAGAAUGCCGUAUUACAAGCAGAUCGUGAGAAACGCAUCAAAGACUACGAACAGACACUGGAAAAGAUUCGCAAGAAGAAACAAGAUGAGGAAAGUGCUUCUGAAAGGUUAAAAGAAGAAAUGCAAAAACUUGAACAAGAACUUAAUGUACGUCAAGCUACAAUUGAUGCCAAACAGAAACAACUGGAGAUGAUUCAGCUUGAUAAAGCAAAGGCACGAGAUGUUAUUGUAAAAGAAAGGAAAUCUAUUCAGGCAAUGCGUAAAACUGUACUGGAAGAACGACGCCGUCAACGCAAACAGUGGAUCAACCAGAUUAAGGAGAUCAACGCAAAGGUACUUGAGCAAGUUCAAAUGUUAUCUGAAGAACGAAAGAAAAAUGGUGAGCAAGCAACAUCAAAGGAAGAAGCAGCGGAAAAGGCUGUCAUGGAUGAUAUCAAGACUAUUGAAGAGUAUUUACCGAAACUUAUCUCUCUUGAAGAUAUUCCCGUUAAUCCAGAAGAAACAGAGACCAUUCGUCGUCAAUUUGAUGAAGUUUUCUCUCAAGAGAAACAGUCAUAUCUUUCCAAAAUUGAAGAAGAAAAAGGUCGUAAAGAAAAACUUGAACGAGGACUUGAAGUAUACCGUCAACGUUUACUUGAAGCUUACCAAUCAAAGAAACAGGAAAAACUUAAUGAUGCUGUUACCAAAGAACAACAACUCAAUUCUCUUGUUGAUCAGGUGCUUAUCUACUUACGUAAUGGCAUUCGUAUGACGAAAAUAUCAAGUAAAGGAAAUGUUCGCAAACGUUUCUACUUUAUUUCUGAGGAUUGUAAGCGUAUUCACUCUUGUGAACUUGAUCAUCAAGGAGCUCCAAUCAGUCGUAAGAAGCCUCCAGUUACAAUAUGGAUUAAAGACAUCAAAAAAGUUGUCAUUGGUCUGUAUACAACUUCUUUCGUCAACUACAGCAGUGAAGCGCAAUUGGUGAAGACGCGUCAAGAAGCUGUUACUGACACCGGGACGUACCGUCACGAUCCCACUCAGAACCUCAGUCCAUUCAAUCUCGGUUUAAACAAUUACCGUUCUUUCGCUCUCUUGCUUCGAGGAGGAAAGUCAUUGGAAGUUGUUUGUGAUACGGACAGUGACUGUGAAGCUUGGCUUGUUGCACUCAAGCGUCUUCUUAACUACAAAACCCCAGUUGAAAAGAUUCUUGAAGAGCGGAUGGUGGCAUCAAAGGAAUCACACGUGCAUCCAGUUGAUGGAACUGUUGACAUAAAGUGGGGUGGUUCACUUGACAUCCGGAAUAUGCGCGGUUUUGUUUCUUUGGCACCAGAAGAGGCUGCACUUUGCAGUGAAAACCAUAUCCCACCAGCACUCUUUCUUCGUGUCAAGCAAGAAAUGUCCGAAAAGUCCCAAAGUAACACAAUCACGGUUUAUGAUGUCCGCGUUUCCUCAGGAUUGGAUCUUUUCCGUUCUGCUCAUCUUUAUGACUAUAUGUGCGAAAAACGCAUUAUUCCACUUCCGUAUUAG